UACACCUGCGACGGGACGUGCGAUAGCCACGCGACACAACAUUGUUAUGGUGGCUCCUGGGAAGCUAACCACAAGGCUGUUAGUUUGUGUCAUCAAGAAGCUCAGUGUGAGCUAAAGCUUAAGUUGGAGCUGGAAGAGGCCAUUACAGGGCGGCGAGGAGUUUUACCACGUCUUCCGCUUUCUUGGUUGAAUGCGUCAGGACUGAGCAGGGCUGCCAUGUAGACGCGGCAGAAGGAUGAGCGGCCACUUCACUUGCACAGAGGCCACAGACGACUACACGGUCCAGCAAGAAAAUGAGCUGGAGGCUCUGGCAUCUAUCUUUGAGGAAGACUUCCAGGAUAUUCGCCAAAAGGAUCCGUGGAAGGUGAAGAGACCUCCAGAAGUGCACCUCUUUUUGAGACCUAAAGGCUUGAACCACGGUCAGGAAUGCUACGUGACUGUGGACCUGCAAGUCAGAUGCCCACCCAAUUACCCAGACGUGCCUCCAGACCUGGAGCUGAAGAACGUUAAAGGUCUCUCAAAUGAUAACCUGCAAACCCUCCAGGAUGAACUCACGAAGCUGGCAGCAGCACGCUGUGGGGAGGUGAUGAUUUACGAGCUGGCGGACCACAUUCAGGGAUUCCUGACCGAACACAACAAGCCUCCCUCACGCUCCUUCCAUGAGGAGAUGCUGAAGAACAUUCGAAGGCAGCAGGAGAAACGAGACAUGGAGGAGAAGCGUAGAAUAGACCAACAGCGCAAGCAGGCGGAAGAAAUGGAAAAAGAAAUCAUGGCUGAAAUCCAGAGAAGAGAGGAGGAAAAACGAGAGGAAAAGAGGAGAAAAGAAAUUGCAAAACAGGAGCAACUUGAGAGUAUGGAGCAACCUAUUCCCGCUAGCAUCUUGGGAAAGAGCCCGCCCAGUCCAUGUGGGACUUCUCCUGAUGUCACAGAUGGCAGAAAAGCAGUCGCAAACCGUCGUCGGACCACCUCGAAUUCUCGUCACAGACGUGACACAAUCGGCGAAGAGAACCUGCAAACCCAGGAGCGUCUUCACUUCAGCAGCAGCACCUUUGGAGAACUUGUUGUCCACAGAGGGAGACAUUUAGGAGUGAGUGAGAGGCUUGGCCGGAAUGUUUAUAAUGGAUUUGAGGUCAACUCUGGGGACUUUGCAGUCAUUUAUGAGUGGUCACUGCGCUGGAACAAGAAAAUAGGCAAAUUCUUCACCAGCCAGGAGAGAGGCAAGAUUGACAACUGUAAAAAGCAGAUCCAUGCUGCAGAAAACGAGUUAAAUUCCCUCCUGCGGCUCGAGCACCCAAACCUGGUGCACUAUAGGGCGCUUCGCUCCAGCGAGAAGGAAGACUGCCUUGUGGUGGACCUGCUGGUGGAGCACGUCGGCAGUGUCAACUUGAACCAAAGCCUCCUCAAUCACACGUCCAUCCCUCUGGACAAACUCUGCCAUUACACGGCCCAGCUUCUGGCUGCACUCGACUACCUGCACUCCAACUCGGUGGUCCAUAAACACCUGGGGGCUUCCAGUGUGCUGCUGGACUCCGACGGAAACGUUAGAUUGACUGAUUACAGCUUAUCAAAGAGAUUCUCCGAUAUCUGCAAAGAAGAUAUUUUUGAGCAGGCGCAUGUACGUUUCUCUGAAGACACGGCAAUGCCAACUAAGACAGGCAAAAAGGGGGACAUAUGGAACUUGGGGCUCAUGUUGCUGGCUCUGAGUCAAGGCAAAGAAGUGAAGGAGUAUCCAGUGACCGUGCCCUCCAGCCUGCCUGCUGACUUCAAAGACUUCCUCCACAAGUGCGUCUGCAUGAAUGACGUAGAUCGAUGGACGACCCAGCAGCUCUUGGAACAUGACUUCCUCAAGCCUCCAUCACCUAAACACCCUCCUGAGUCCGAGGAUACCAGCCCAGAAGAUCUUGCUGUGGAUUUUGCAUCUUCCGUAAUCCCGCAUAGCCACAUCCUAAACGCUCCAUUCAGCUCUGGGGUGCAGAGACAGUUUUCUCGCUACUUCAGUGAGUUUGAGGAGCUCCAACUUUUGGGGAAAGGGGCCUUUGGUGCUGUGAUUAAGGUUCAGAACAAACUUGAUGGCUGCUACUAUGCUGUGAAGCGCAUCCAGGUCAACCCCGCCAGCAGGCAGUUCAGACGCAUCAAAGGUGAGGUGACUCUACUCUCACGUCUCAACCAUGAGAACAUUGUGCGCUACUACAAUGCAUGGAUCGAGAGGAGCGAAGUGCCAGCCACGGGUAUGCUCAGCAACAGUGACAGCUCUGAGCCACAGAGCACUGCUGAUAGGCCGCCUGCGUGCGGGAAUUCUGUCACCCGGCUCAAUGAGCUUGGUCUUCCCGACAACGUGGAGGACAUUGCACCUCCUCCCGCAUUGUCUAGCUCAGUGGAGUGGUCCACGUCUAUUGAGAGGUCCUCCAGCGCGAAAUGUAGCAGACACCAGUCAAGUGAUGAUGACGAUGAGGAUGAGGACGAUGAAGAUGUUUUUGGUGCCUCUUUUUUGCCAUCAGAUAGUGACUCCAUCAGCGACGUUAUCUUUGACAACGGCGAUGACAGCAUAGAUGAGAUGUCACAGGUUGAGCCAAGCACAAAGCCACUGAGCGACACAACGGAGAGUGCAAACUCGGAUCAUCGACCUCUUGUCAUUCUGCAUUACCUUUACAUACAGAUGGAAUACUGUGAAAAGAGCACUUUGCGAGACACAAUAGACCAUGGUCUGCAUCAGGACCAAAAUCGCUUAUGGAGGCUCUUCAGGGAAAUCCUAGACGGUCUUGCUUACAUCCAUGAGCAGGGAAUGAUUCACAGGGACCUGAAGCCUGUCAACAUCUUCCUUGACUCACAAGAUCAUGUGAAAAUUGGUGAUUUUGGUCUGGCUACGGACCAUCCGGCCAGUGUGGCUGCAGGUAAAUUUGAAGUGGAGGAGAGUGGCUCAGCAGCAGUGCAAAAACUGGACCAAACAGGAAACAUGACUGGAAUGGUUGGUACAGCCCUCUACGUGAGUCCAGAAGUUCAAGGAAAUACCAAAGCUACCUACAACCAAAAAGUUGAUCUGUUCAGCCUUGGUAUCAUCCUCUUUGAGAUGUCCUACCGACCUAUGAUCACUGGAGCAGAGCGCAUAUCAGUCCUGAGCCAGCUCCGUGUGGAGGCCAUAGAGUUCCCAGAGGACUUCAGUGCAUACGAGCAAGGAACGCAGGUGAAGAAGAGGAAGGUGAUAGAGUGGCUGCUGAAGCAUGACCCUGCGCUGCGGCCCACUGCCCAAGAGCUGCUGAAAAGUGAGCUCCUGCCUCCGCCCCAGAUGGAGGAAUCAGAGCUGCAUGAAGUGUUGCAGCACACCAUGGCCAAUAUCAAUUGCAAAGCUUACCGCAGCAUGGUGGGCCAAUUGUUUGCUCAGAACACUUCACCAGUCAUGGAUUUCACUUACGAUAUAGACCUUCACAAGGGCAGCUUCAGUUUCAGCAGUGCCAGAUUGCAGCAGUAUGUGUAUGAGAUAAUCACCAGGAUCUUCAAGAAGCACAAUGCGCUGCGCCUGCAGACACCACUGCUGCUCCCCAGAAACAGGAAGGUGUACGAAGGCAGUGAGCCUGCCUGCUUCAUGGACCACAGCGGCAUGCUGGUGACGCUACCAUAUGACCUUCGUAUGGCGUUCGCAAGAUUUGUUGCAAGAAACAACAUAACACAUCUAAAGAGGUACAGCAUUGAGCGCGUGUUUCGUCCCAGGAAGCUGGAUCGCGCUCACCCAAGGGAACUUCUGGAGUGUGCCUUUGACAUCAUCACACCCGUCACCAACAGCCUUCUCCCAGAUGCCGAGACCAUUUACACCAUUUCUGAAAUAGUUCAGGAAUUCCCUGCGCUUCAGGAAAGGAAUUAUAACAUUUACCUGAACCAUACCAGCUUGUUGAAAGCCAUCCUGUUGCACAGCGGAAUCCCUGAGGACAAACUGAACCAGGCCUCCAACAUACUAUGUGAAGCAAUGAGUGAAAAGCUGACCAAACGUGAAGUAGAGGCAAAGUUCUGCAACUUUUCACUGUCAACAAACAGUUUGCAGGUGUUGUACAAGUACAUAGAACAGAAGGGGACUGUGAAAGAAGUGGCGCCAUUGCUGACGUCACUCACCAAACAGAAGACGGCCGUCAUGCAGCUGGCCAAGCAGGGCCUUAAGGACUUGGAGGAGGUCACAGUGCUGCUUCAAAAACUCGGCGUAAAACUCCAAGUGGUAGUCAAUUUAGGUUUAGUGUACAAGGUGCAGCACCACUGUGGGAUCAUCUUCCAGUUUGUGGCCUUUAUAAGGAAACGUAAACGGACUGUACCAGAUAUACUGGCCGCUGGAGGACGCUAUGACCACCUGAUCCUGCAAUUUCGUGGGCCCGCCUCUACGGUGCCAGUCCCAUCUGCCGUCGGUGCCAGUGUGGCGGUGGACAAAGUCUGUGCUGUGGUGGCCAACAUGGAGGAGCCGCUAUUGGUAAGCUCCUGUGAUGUGCUCGUUGUGCCAGUGGGGCAUUCGUCCAUGGUCAGAGCCAUCAGUGUUGUCCAGAAGCUGUGGAGCGCCGGUGUCUCAGCAGACAUUUCCUACGAUGUUUCACAGUCACAGGAGACGUUGUUGGACCACUGCCGAGUGGCUGGCAUCACCUGCAUGGCCAUGGUAUCUGACAAAGAGGGUAACUAUGUGAAGGUGAAGUCAUUUGAGAAGGACAGACAAUCUGAGAAAAGAGUUCCUGAGUUGGACUUAGUAGAGCACAUCAUUCAGAAAUAUCGAACCAAAUUCUUUGAAGAAAGGAACAUCAGGGAAAUAUCUGAAAGCAUGUCCCAGAACCCUAAAGGCUCCCAGCUCAACACCACAGGCUCUUCGGAGCAGCAUGGGAGCAGCUGCAGCAUGAGCAUGAAUGUGAAUGUCAUCAGUUUGGAGAGAGUCUCUGCCAGUGCAAGACGCCGCUUUGAGACUCAGAUCCACACCAGAUUACAGACUCUUGCAAGCAGUUUGCAAAACAAGAGUAGUGACAUUGAGGUUCUGGCAGUGGACCUUCAGAAGGAAACACUGAUCAACUUCCUGUCUCUGGAGUUUGAGAGUGAGGAGCAGUACAACAGCAGCGUGAAGACUCUGCUAUCGCGUCUUCCCAAGCAGCGGUACCUGAAAUCGAUCUGUGAUGAGAUCCACCAUUUCAAAAUGACCAAAAGGGUGGCUGUGGUGGUCUUGUACAGCCUGAAGGACGACUACUACAAGACCCUUCUGUGAAAACCAGUGUGUUUCAUGACCCGGACCAGUUCCUGUUUCUGGCUCAGGAGAUGUUCACCUCUGGACUUGAAGAAUGUGUGCUUGGAUGUCAACAAGCACACGCCCCGCCCCCAAAGACCCUCUUCUCUCCCUUCAAUCAUACCUCAGCUAUGUUGUUGUAAGGUGUAGUGGUUCUUCCCCAGAAGAAGGUUGGUGGACUUUGUUGCCUUAAGACUUCAGUAGAGCUUUGUACUGAAAACUGUAUUUUUUUGUAAUAUGCAGUGGGACUGAAAGUGGGAAUAAAUUCUUUCCUCACAUGUCU